CAGCGAGCCAUGGACCUGGCCUGCAUGAUCCGCCUUGAGCGCUCCUUUGACGCAGCCAUCAAGAUUGCUGUGUUCCAGAAACUGUCGGCGCUGGCCGAGCGCAUGAUGCGGCUGAAGGAGGUCAAGUUCUUUGGCAGGCCCCGAGGAAGAAGAUGAGGAAGAGGAGCCUGCAGUGGCCCCUGCUCCUGUGCGACGCCGGCCGGCUGCAACCUAUGGUCCGCAAGCGCGAGGAAGCUGCAGAUCCUGAGGAGCGUGACGUCGACAUGGCAGAUGCUGAUGACGGGACGUCCGCUGACAAAGACAUUACUAAUAUUAUCGGCCAGGACGAUGGCGACGAGGACGGGUUAGUAAUGCCAGCCCCGCCGGCCUCCUCUUGCAUCGACCACUGUUGCACGCGACCUGGUUGUGCGCCCGCCACGCCAUCCCGCUGCGAAACCGUACAAUCCGUUUGGCGUUGCUGCACCCAGCAAGACCAUGGACCUGAAGCGCAGCGACAGCUUCUUCAAUCGCCGCCGACCAGCACAGCAAGGCACUCAGCCGCGAGGCAUCGCCAGCAGGACAGCGAGGCGGCCCGAGCCGUCGAAGCGCGUCCAGCAAGCGCGGAUCGGACGCUGAGUCGGAGGAGGCGCCAGCAAAGAAAACAUCGAAGACGGCCGCUGGUGCUGACAUGGCGCAGGGUCGAGCGCAGUCGAAGCUGGCUGCAUUUUCGUUCAAGAAGAGUCGCCCGACUGACCAGUAGGGCUGGUGCUGGGAUUGGGCAAGGCAGGUGUUUGUUUCGGCGAUUGGCGGCUGGUCACACAUGCAUAUGCGCUUACCAGGGUCACAUGCGCACGCCCCCUUUUUACUUGCUACAGGGCCUCUUCGGAGCUUUAGAGAGAUGGCUAAAUCGCCCGACUACAAAAGGAUGCUGGCACGGAGCAGCGAAGGGGCUAGAACCCAAGCACUGUUUUUCUCUCUUCUAUUCUGUUGAAAACCCCUACGCUUUCUAUACCCACCAAGAAUCAAUAACCGCACCCUGACAUCUCAACCAUGGCCUUUGCAGCAGGCGCCGCCGUUACGCUCCCGACCAUCGGGGCACUGGGUACCCUCGCGUACCAGGCCAGGAACAUGCAGGGCGACAACAAGUCUGGAGACGGCCAGCAGCGCCGCCCCUCGUUCCUCCAGGCCGAGAACACCCGCUCGCUGAUACUCGAGGACGACCCGAGCGAGUUCAGCUCCUUCUCAUCGAACCCCAGCAUCAUGGACCAGCGCAUGAUGACCCGCCGCGAGUCCAUGCCCGAGGCCGUCAAGUUUGACCAAGUCAAGCCUGACAUGUCGCUGCUGGAAGAGCCGCACUUGCAGACCUGGCGCACCCGGUACAUGUGGGGCAGGCGCUACGGCAUGAACUUUGCACACAACGAUCGCUAA